GUGUUCGUUCCCGUAGUUCCUGUUCCUGUAGUUCCCGUUUAUGAACUUGUUGCAUAGGCUCUUAUGAGUGUAUUUUCGUGGUAUUUUUAGCCUUCGCAGUUUUAUUUGAUGUUUAUUUAGUCUUCUACAAUGGCAAGAAGUGGUGUGGGUGCUAAGCCACGAGGAGGGAAUACACACGACUCAGUAAUUGAUUUUAUGAUGUUUAAGAUCCCCAUUCGGGAUACCACUGGUGGUGACAACAAGGACGGCCGUCGUGAUGAUAAAGACCUCGGAGCUGAUCUGUCUUCAUUUUGGACUACCUUUCGCUUCGGACUGCCAGCUCAUGCCCCAGCUCAUGCCCCAGCUCAUGCCCCAAAGGAGAAGGAGAAGAAGAAGCAGCGUGCACCCAAGCCGUCAGGUGGUGACAACAAGGACGGCCGUCGUGAUGAUAAAGACCUCGGAGCUGAUCUGUCUUCAUUUCGGAAUACCUUUUUCUUCGGACUGCCAGCUCAUGCCCCAGCUCAUGCCCCAGCUCAUGCCCCAGCUCAUGCCCCAGCUCAUGCCCCAAAGGAGAAGAAGAAGAAGAAGAAGAAGCAGCGUGCACCCAAGCCGCCACCGGAUCUCAAUGCAAAUCGAAAGAUGGCAGCUGCUGCCGUUCAAGACGAUGGGCAUUGGAAAGAUGGAAGGCCGGAAAACCUCUUCGCCCGUCUGAUGAAAUCUCACGAACCGCUGAGGCAGCAGGAUAUGUUACGAGACCGCUUGCAGAGCUACAAGGAAGCGGAGGCUGCAGCAAAGACUACAGGCGAUAGUUCGAAGGCAAAGCGCUACAGAAAGGCACUGAAAACGCUUGAGGGCAUGAUGCAAAAUGUGCAAACUGGAAAACCCAUAAAUGAAGAUGAUGUCCCACCGCCCGUCACAGUGCCGAGACAGCCGUCUCUUUCUUCCGCGAAGCAAGACACACCCUCGGAAGCAACCCCAAGUCGUACCCCAGUAUGGAGCUUCGGUUUUCUAGAAUGUACAUCCGUGCUGCCUCCGCGGAAGCAAGACACACCCUCGGAAGCAACCCCAAGUUGUACCAGAGAACGGAGCCGUGAUCCUCUAGCUGAUCCUACACCCAUGCUGCCUCCGCAGCCUGUUGUGAGGCUGGACCUUCCUCCUCCUCCAUCAGAAUAUGACCCUGAGUUGUUCAACGCUCCUCCUCCGCCGACAUCAGUGAUGGAAGCUCUUCAACAGAGACUGGAAAAGUAUCAGAACACCGCCAAUGAGGCCAAAGAGAAAGGGGAAAGCAGCAAGGCCAAGCGAGUUUGUCGUAUAGUGAAAAAAUACGAAGAUGCAAUUACGUUGUACGAGGCUGGAAAACCAGUUAAUUUCGAGGAUCUGCCAACACCUCCAGGUUUCGGGCAGAUACCUGUUCCAAAUGAAGCUGUGCCCACGGCAAGGAUGCCCCCUGCACCACAGCAAGUGCCUGGGCUAGCUGCCGCUGCAGCUGCAGUUCUAAGGCAGUCUUUCAAGCCUGCUCCCAAGCCUGCUUCAAAGCCAGGUGCAGCCCUAUCACGGCGAAUUGCAACCUAUGUAACCAAAAAGGCACGCCGGAAGCCGACCCACUAGUAGGCCAUCCAGCCGUCCGUCUAGCAGACCGCCCAGCCGGGCAAACGGCGACUUGUUCGUGGAUAAGCACUGAUGGGGUACGCAGCCAGCAGCAACAUGCUGAGCGGAUGCUGAGCAGGUCGUUGCAGGCUCCU